AUGUCGCCUUUUAGUAGAUGGAGGCACCAAGGCCUUAAGAUUGACAAAUUAUACUACCCAGCAAACCUGUCUACUGUAUUGAAAGCAAACCAUUCAACUCUGCAAUCCCUUAAAAAUAAGAAAAUCAUCAAUGCCACACAGUGGGGUAGACUGUAUCCCUCUACUGCAUUGUCUGUAACAUCAGAGGACUUUGACAUCACGCUACUGAUUGUGCUACUUAGGAACAUGUGUCAUCUGGCGGCUCCGGCCACGGGUUGGGACGGUCUUCCACCUGCUUCAGACACGGGUAUUGAGGCUAACCUAGCCAGAGUGAAGUACUAUAGGAACUCGGUCUAUGGGCAUGCCAUGCAGGCGUCUGUGGACGAACCAACAUUUAAUUCUUUGUGGCAGGACAUAAGUGCCGCACUGAUUGCACUGGGUGUAGAUGCAGCCGCUAUCACAAAACUAAAGACUGAGACUAUGGAUCCAGACACGAAGAAGCAUUACCAGGAGCUGUUAAAGGAAUGGAAGAAAGACGAAGACAACAUCAAAGACCAGCUAGAUAAAAUGGAGGGUAUAGAUGAAUAUUGUUUAGUGCCUUUGAGAAAUAAGUGUCUUUUUCUGACCUUAAUAGGGUGUAGUUGGGGUUCAACUGAAAGUUUUGAAUUGGCCAAAAUUAACUUCUGCUUCCAAAGAUCGCGAACACAUUUGGAAAAGAAUAAACUGACAUCCGACAGAAGGACUGCAAGCAGGUUUAGUUUAACGCUUAAGGCUAUUGAUUCUAUUAGGGAGUUGUAGUGGUGCGAAUACACCUUGACGUACGAAAAGCAAUAUACGUAUUUGGUUAUUCAUUAAUAAACAAAAUGUGUUAGAAAAAGAGUGGCAAGCGAAUGGCAGACGAGUUAGUUAUUAUCUCAGUUGGCGAGUAACUGAUGGUAACUUAAUUUUUUUUCUCCUGGUAAAAUCAUAGGUAAUCUUGAGCACAUGAAAAGUGAAAUGGGAAAUCUGGGUGAGACGCUGAAGGCUAUGAAAAAUUCCGCAGCAGAGUGUGGAGGUCAGUUUCAAAAAAGGAAACCAUGCAAGAUUUAUGAGUUCUUUGAGUCAAGCUAACUUCUAAUCAUGUUUUAAACAAACUGAAUAUCAAAUUUUUAAGACCUCGUAAGGUAGGAGUGAUAAACAAAACUAUGCUAUUUCUCUUAUUACAAAUCAUAAAACACAUGAUAAGAAAAUAGACAAUAUUAGCGAUCAGGAAGGCCGAGGAACGCCGAGGGAUCAGUUCCCGAUGUUAAUUCCAAAUUCCGUAACUUGGGCACCCUUUCUUUUAAUUACUAUAUGUAUUGCUAUAUUGCUAUGAAAUUUAUUCUAAUCAGCUUUUAUUGAUCACCUGUAUGAAGAAGACCGUCACUUACAAGGUUAAAUUAUUCUUUGAACAAACAUAACUUUAUCUUAUCGUCUAUAAAGGGUGUGUGAUGAAAGUCUAAUUUUGCUUUGUGUAUUCUUCUCACUAACAGAUGGAACAAGAGAAGAUUUAAAGAAGAUAAAAAGCGGGAUAGAAAACAUCAGUGAGACACUGCAGACCUUAAAGGUCUCUCCGACCAAAGAGGAAGGUCAGUUUCCCAAACUGCGGCCAUAAAAGAAUCCCUCUUAGAUGGCUCUUUAAAGCCAUUAUUGCUGAUCGAUCAGUAGUUAUUUUUCUUACAAAUGUCUCUUGGGUCCCACAAGAACAGCUUCAUAUUCACAAGAGAGACCAAAGGGCUGCAACUUAUAUAUUUGCCUUCCAUAAUUCUCUCAGUGAGUAGGAUGAGGGAUGACAUAAACGCUAUUUUACUGUAGGAUGGUGGCGUUGGAACCUCCUACUAGCAUGGAGGCCAUCUUGGUUUCAAUACCGAGUGGUCGCCCACCUUUUUUUGUUAUGUUCAGCUGCUUCUCGCAAAUUACAGUGGCCUGCUAAAAGGCUGUUCUUAAAUAAAAAAGAGGGCCUUUAGCAUCUUCCACUUACUUAUUGAAGGUUCCCCCUGCCGCUAGUUUGAAAUGUUUGUCGCUUGCUUUUAAGGCGCUGCACAUGGCUAGGGUAGUUAAUAAAUAAAUGGUCUUCUCCUAGCAUAGUCAUAUUGGUAGUUCUAUUCAUUUGCCUUACGGACUUGGAAAGUAGCAAACCGAGCUGUUUUAGACAACUAUUUAAAACAAAGUUGGUUCUCUUUUGUUCUCAACAGCUGGUUUGGUGGCCGAGCAUAUUGAAAUUAUUCGCCAGAAGUACAAACGUCAUGAGGGAUGGCUCGCGCCUUUUUCUUGGUGCGAAGACUUUCACUUUCAACUCAGCGAUAUUUAUACACGCCCUCGUAUGGUCAGCAGAGAGAAAAAGGCAAGAGCAACAGCAGAGCAAAGAGUUGUUGAAACCACUGAAAUCUUCAACCCCCACGAAGAAUGCAAACAACCUAGAAAAGUAUUGAUUGAAGGAAACCCAGGAAUGGGAAAGACGACAUACUGCAAUAAGGUUGCUUACGAUUGGGCUAUAAACAUAAAAAACGAAGGAGAUUGCUUUCCGGAAUUUGAAAUGGUACUCUUGCUGAAAUGCCGUGAUGUCGAGAUCGAGUCCGACCUUUGGGGAGCCAUUGACGAUCAGCUUUUGCCAGGUGAAAUUAAUCAAAAGGAAAGAGAGAAAUUCUUCGAGUUCAUUCGGCAAAAUCAAUCAAAGGUUCUACUGGUACUUGACGAAUUGGACGAGUUACCUUCAAGUAAACGGCCGGAGUUUACCGACAUCAUACGAGGCAAAAUGCUUCCUCUGUGUCACCUUGUGGUUACAGCGCGACACGAGGCUGGAAUACCCGUAAGAAAAGUUUGUGACACCCUUCUAGAGAUAGAAGGUUUCACUUAUCAAGAUAUCAAAGAAUUUAUUCACAAAUAUUUUGUCGCCAAGGAAGAUUUGGCUGAAAGGCUAUUGGAAAAAAUACAUAAUGAGAAAAUACUCAGAGAUUUGGCGGCAACCCCUUUAAACACUGCACUUCUUUGCCUUCUUUGUGAAGACUUUCAAGGUAUUUUUCCUGAAAGCAGAACUCAAUUGUACUUGGAAAUAGCACAUUGUGUUCUUAUUAGAUACAGGAAGAAGAAAGGUCUUCCAGUCGAAAGUGAGGAUCUGAUUGAAAUCUACAAAGAUCAGUUGAAACUCCUUGGCUCGAUAGCGUUAGACGGCCUGUAUGAAGACAACUUGUACUUUGAGGACAAAAGGCUUUCAAGUGAAAAUGCCGACUUACCUGAAUUUGGCUUUCUGUCAGCUCAACCUGGAAGCAGCAAACGAAGGCCGUGUCUGUGCUACGGCUUCACGCAUAAGAGUUUUCAAGAAUUCUUCGCAGGAUAUCAUCUUUGUUGCCAGCUUCUUAGCGAACAACUCAGUCCCUUUGUAUUAGUCAGUGACACAAGAUAUUUCCGAGAGUUGAGAGAGGUAUUAAAAUUUACCUGUGGUCUGCUAGCAGUAAGAUCUGAAGAGAGUGCAAUAUGCUUUAUCCUCUACAUAGCGGAAGAGAUAAACAAAGAAGAUGUGAGAGAAGGUUUACCUGUCGCACUGGAGUGCAUAAAAGAAUGCAAAAUUGAAAACAUUUUUUUUCAUAUAGAACUGGCACGUUACUUUGGCGCAUGUCUAGAAAUUCGAGAGGCUGAUCUUGACGAGGAUCGUAUUGAAGGGGAAGGUAUAGGUGAUGCUGCGGCUGCUGUGCUUGCUACUACGCUUGAAACAAACACAACUCUGACAAAUUUGAAUUUGUCUGGAAAUAACCUUGGUCCUUUCAGGUGCUGAGUCACUUGCUACAGCGCUUAAAACAAACACAAGUUUAUCAAAUUUGAAUUUUUCUGGCAAUAACCUUGGUCCUGCCGGUGCUGAGUCACUUGCUACAGCGCUUAAAACGAACACAAUUCUGACAAAUUUGGAUUUUUCUGGCAACAACGUUGGUCCUGCUGGUGCUAAGUCACUUGCUACGGCGCUUAAAACAAACACAACUCUGACAAAUUUGAAUAUGUCUGUUAAUAACCUUGGUCCUGGAGGUGCAGAGUCACUUGCUACAGUGCUUAAAACGAACACAACUCUGACAAAUGUGGAUUUGUCUGGCAAUAACCUUGGACCUGCUGACGCCGAGUCACUUGCUACAGCGCUUCAAAAAAACAAAACUCUGACCAAUUUGAAUUUGUCUGUCAAUAACCUUGGUCCUGCUGGUGCUGAGCCACUUGCUAAGGCGCUUAAAACAAACACAACUCUGACAAAUUUGGGUUUGAUGCGUAAUAACCUUGGUUCUGCCGGUGCUGAGUCACUUGCUACAGCGCUUGAAACAAACACAUCGCUGACACAUUUGGGUUUGGCUGACAAAUUCUUGGUCCUGGCGAUGCUGUGUCACUUACUACAGCGCUUAAAACAAACACAACUCUAACAAAUUUGGAUUUUUCUGACAAUAACAUUGGUCCUGCUGAUGCUGAGUCACUUGCUAAAGCGCUUAAAACAAACUGAAACUCUGACAAAUUUGAAUGUCUGUUAAUAACCUUGGUCCUGGAGGUGCAGAGUCACUUGCUACAGUGCUUAAAACGAACACAACUCUGACAAAUGUGGAUUUGUCUGGCAAUAACCUUGGACCUGCUGACGCCGAGUCACUUGCUACAGCGCUUCAAAAAAACAAAACUCUGACCAAUUUGAAUUUGUCUGUCGAUAACCUUGGUCCUGCUGGUGCUGAGCCACUUGCUAAGGCGCUUAAAACAAACACAACUCUGACAAAUUUGGGUUUGAUGCGUAAUAACCUUGGUUCUGCCGGUGCUGAGUCACUUGCUACAGCGCUUGAAACAAACACAUCGCUGACACAUUUGGGUUUGGCUGACAAUAGCCUUGGUCCUGCCGAUGCUGUGUCACUUACUACAGCGCUUAAAACAAACACAACUCUAACAAAUUUGGAUUUUUCUGACAAUAACAUUGGUCCUGCUGAUGCUGAGUCACUUGCUAAAGCGCUUAAAACAAACUGA